ACUGAAACUUUAAUCGGGUGCAUGAAUCUCGCCAACUCCUUCCUCAAGAAAAGAAAAGACUGCAACUUGAAAUAUUUACAAAGAAAGGAACCAUCCCCAUCCACAACAGGUCAGCUCCCGAAUGUCUCCAUCCACCUCGAGCACGAAGCCGUCGGUCUUGAUCUUGGGCGGGUUGCAAGACGGUCAUGCUCGCGCCCUGCUGGCUUUUCUCGUCCCCUCAAUAGCAGAUCCUGCCCAACAAUCAGCCAGACACAUCAGGUUGGUUGACAAGUACCUCUGUUUGCCCCAGGAUGACGCUUAUACUACAUACAUGGAUUCAGAAUGUCAAAAAAUCUUGAAAGCAGGAGAAUCGAUCGGGGUGGAAUAUUUGCAAGCCAAUCUAUUAGUAGCGAGUUCACGAAGCAAAGCGUUCACGUUACCGGAGCAGUAUCGCACCAAGACCGGAGGAGGGGGAUCGGAGACGUACGACUAUGUGUUUGAUUUCACCGGGGAGACAGACUAUAAUGCGGAGGAGGGUGUGCACGUUGAGCGCACGGGUCGACUGCUACCCGAGCUCGGCCGGGUGGCUGCCGCGAUGGGCGUCAAGGCCUACAUCCGCGAGCUACCGGCGCUCUACCACAGUGAUAACAAGAAACCACUCAAGGAGGGCGAGGGAAAACCGUUUAGUAUGCGGUCCAAAUGGGUGCAUGAGGGUGUACGUGCCAUGGCUGCUCUGCCCGAUCUCAAUAUUGUCGUCGCUCGUCCGGCUCUACUGUAUGGACCAUAUGCGGUUGACGGAUAUGCCCCGCGGUUAUUGAUCGGUGAGAUUUACAAGUACAUCGGCGAACGAAUGGAGCAUUUAUGGUCAUCAGAUCUCCGCCUCCACACGAUCCACACCCACGACUUUGCGGCGGGACUAUGGGCGCUAGCGGGCUGGAUGUCCGGGCUAGGCCGAGCGGCGGCGGAGGCGCAUGCAAAUCCAAUCCCCUGUCUGCUGCCGAACGCGGAAGAGCUGCCCGCGGGGAUGCCCGCCCGGGACCAGGUCGUCAAGGCCCCCUUCUUUAACCUCGUCGACGACGGCGAUACUACGCAGGGCUUGAUGGCUAGCCUUGCCGAGAAAGUCGUCGGCGUCAAGGUCGGCUUCUAUAACAAAGUCGUCUGUCAAUUCGCUAAGUUGAACAUGAUCGAUGUGAUUGAGGAUGUCAACGAGAAACACUGCGAGCCAUGGCCGGAGAUGUUGUCGAAAUCAACUCCACCGAUCACCAACACGCCUUUCACGCCGAACCUCCCACGGGCACUGUUGACGAAGAAUCACAUUGCAUUUGACGGGACGAAGGUCAAGGAGGUAGUCGGAUUCAAGUUGAAGUUCCCAUCGAUGACCGAAGAGGCCAUCCGGGACCAGAUCCAAAAAUUUAUCCAGGAUGGUGUCUGGCCUAAUGCUCCCCCUAAAAAAUCUUCCUCCUAAACCCCAGCUUCUUUCAUAUUUCUUUUUUUUCCCUAUUCUGCCUCUCUUUUCUACUGAUUUUUGUGAUUGUCCUUGCUACUGCUGUUGUUGUUGUUGUAAAAUCGUUUUAUUUUGGGCUUUUUCUCUCAGCUUACUGAAUUAAAUUAUUCUUAUUUAUGAUGAUGAUUUGUUUUACCAUACAAUCACUUCACUAGUCUCUAAUUCUCUCUGAUCAUUAUCCUUCUCUCUACUCGUCUCAUCCUCUCCAACUUAUGCUCAAAAUCAAGUAAACUGAUAGUCUUGUAAGGAACCAAUUGAUACAAGAACUUGACAGGUACAUAUACACAGACAGAAUCUCUUCCUUUCAUUCUGGUACAGUGGCCUAUCAUGCAUUUGUGCUCAGCUGUUUUUCCCAAUGUUGCAUUCCAGUGAAUGGUUGUGCAAGAGAAACAAGCU